AUGGACCCAACCCAGAGCCCUAACUCCCAACCCAAACACCACCUCCUCACGCUCCCCGCCGAAAUCCGCCUCCUGAUCUACACCUUCAUCUUCCCCCCGCAAACGCACAUCAUCCAACGCAAACCCAUCCUCUUCCCCUGCGCGGAAUCCAACCAGCCCCUCCCUUUCCAUCGCAACCUCAUGCACCCGCCCCCCGACUUCCCCAUCUGCUCGCAGUCUCACCCCAGCUGCUCCAGCCUCCAAUCGCACAUCCUCAACGUCGACAUGCACAUCGGCAACCGCACCAUGGUCUCCUCCCCGCACUACCCCUGCCCGCACUCCCUCACACGCAACCCGGCCCUCAACCUCAACUUCCUAGCCACCUGCCAUCAAGUCUACCGCGAAGCGCGCCACCUCCUCUACCAACAGACCGUCUUCUGGACGCAGGAGGUGGGCAGUUUCUCGAAUUUCAUGUGCUGUUUGAAGAACUGGCAGGUGCGGGAGAUCCGGCACCUUCGGUUGAGGCUUCCGUCGGAUAUGGGCAUGGAUAUGUAUCUGUGGGAGUGGAAUGAGGUGUUUGCGCUGAUUGGGAGGGCGUGCAGCGGGCUGAGGUCGGUCGGGGUGGAGGUACAUACCAUUCAGCCGAAGUCGACGUGGAGAGAUAUCUUUUGGGAUGGUGGGUUGUUGGGGUUGGAUCGAUUGCGGUUGGAGGGCCUGAGGUUUGUGGUGUAUAAGAGGGAGGGGGAUACGGGGCUGGGGACGGUUUAUUUUGAUUAUCAGGUGGGCGUUUUCCCACCUUCGGAUCUUUUAUCAUCACCACUGGCAACCACACCAGUACUAGAAGCGCCAGAAGCACCAGGAGCGUCAGAAACACCAGAAGUCAUCAGCUUCCACGAGGUCCGCAACACCCUCCGCCAUGUCCAAAACGUCCCCAUCACCACCGAACCCGGCCGUCUCUUCCUCCGUCUCUCCCCCAAUCUACUCCCUCUCUACAUCAGCAACCUCAUCCACAUGCUUCCGCGGCGCCAUCACACCCACGCCGAGAUCCGUCGCGAGGAUCGGUAUCAGCGCGAGUAUGUCUACCACUAUGCCUACCCUGACGAUGACACUGAGCAGGAGAACCCCGUGUUCGGGUUCCAGUUCAGUGAAGAGUUGAAAGACGACGAGCAGUAUAUUGCUCGCGGGCUGGCUAGGUUGCGGGAGUCGAGGAAGCGGUUGGCGAGGAAGGCGAUGGAGGGAGGGGGUGGUCUUGGGUGGGUUAAGAAGCCGGAAGUGCGGAGGGGGAUUCAAGGGAAGAGGGUUGUCUUGGAAGGGGAAGAGGAAGAGGAAGAGAAGGCCGGAGACUGGAGACGCCGACUCACGCAGGAGACGUACGCGCCUUUCAUCGAAGCGUUUCCCAUGACUCCGGCUCUGCCGCAGAAGGAUCUGAGCAAGUGUUGUUUUCAUUGUCGGAGCAGAGCGAAGAUGUGA